CUCGCCCAUUGACAUGCGACUGAUCCUUGUCGCCUCCCGAACUUCGACAGCCGACACCCAGUGCCCGCCCACCCACCCCAGAAUUCUUCUAGAUUGAGAAGCUGCCACCAUCCCUUCCCCAAGGCAGCCUGCACAAACUGCAAGCACCCUCCAGGACAAUCCCAAUCUUUCGAUAUGCUCAUAGGUCUCUGUGGAGGUCUGUGCGCGGGAAAACGUGCGGUUGCCACUUUUCUCGUCGAUGUUCUGGAGUUCACCGAGUUGGUGUUGGUCGAAGAGCAAGACGACGACGGCAGUCCAACACCGGACGUCAGUCCGAAUCCUGGCGUGAUCUCCUUCAAUAAUGUUCAAGACUUGAUGGACUAUAUCACGCCGCGAUGGACGCAGCGCUUCGUUCUCACGGCCAUCAAGGACAAGAAGGUGCUGGACGAGCUGUCGACUCGGCCGUUCUUCAUCCUGAUCGGUGUCGACGCGCCUGUCUGUGUGCGUUGGGCGCGGUGCGUGAAAAGACGAGAGGCUACCGGCGCACCGUCGAUAGCUCUCGAGGAUUUCCUCCGUCAUUCAGACAAGCAGAUGUACGACCCGGUCACGGGCAUCAUCGGCAUUGUCGACCGAGCCACCAUCAAGCUGGUCAACCUCGACAACUCUCUCGCCGCCCUCCACCGCAAACUAGUGUAUCUCAACCUCACCGACUCCGAGAGGCUGCGGCCCGGAUGGGAUGCGUAUUUCAUGCAGCUCGCCUCGCUGGCGGCAAAGAGGAGCAAUUGCAUGAAGCGCCGUGUGGGAUGUGUGCUGGUCCGCGAGAAGCGCGUGAUCGCCACCGGAUACAAUGGCGCUCCAAGGGGACUUAAGAACUGUAACGAGGGAGGCUGCGCGAGAUGCAACGGUGGCUCUGCAGGCGGCACCGCUUUGGAUGCUUGCAUGUGCCUCCACGCCGAGGAGAAUGCGCUUCUGGAAGCGGGGAGGGAGAGAGUGGGCGCCGGCGCAACUUUGUAUUGCGAUACCUGUCCGUGCCUCACUUGCAGCAUCAAGAUUGUCCAGGUGGGUAUCUCGGAAGUCGUUUACUACCAAGGAUACAGUAUGGAUGCUCAGACUGCGGCUAUCCUCAAGGACAGUGGUGUCAAACUCAGGCAAUAUCAUCCGCCGAAGGACGGUGUUGUUGGAUGAUAGGAUUCCCAAUAGACACGUUUGCACUCAGGUGGUCUCUCCAAUCUUUCAAUGCGAAUAGAUGUCUCGCAGCGAACCAGUUGAAUUUCCUGCGACAACCCAGAUUGAUCUCAGUACACCACAUGUUCCAAGCUCCGGCCCUUGGUGUGUUCCUCAUGCGAUAUUACUCAGCCACACCCACCCCAUUUCAGGGUCAGGUGUCAAUGUUUCCGCAUAUAAGGUUGUAGAAGCUUCUUAAUAGCUCUUUUAUGUAUCGUGGGGUGCGGGGUGCGGGGAAAUGGGCCGCUAUGAUACGAGAUGCGCAUGCGUCGGAUCAUGGAUGCUGACCGACGCCCCAUUUUCGAGUGCGUCUCUAUGAAUAGCAGCACGAGCACGUGAUGGAAUAGUGGAGAGUCAGACGAGAGCUGAGAUCUCAUCGGAUUCACCAUGAUGCCCCC